AUGACCACUGUGCAACAGCUUGCCCGUUACAAGCAAAGGCUGAUCGAUAUCAAGCCACGCGAAUUUAAAUCAUGCUGCAAAGAAGUGACAGAAACGCUCUAUGUGUUAUUUGAUGAUAUCUUCGGCAUUCUAAAAAGCGGAACCGCCAUUGACGAUCGCGAAAGACUCGUAGUGACCGACACGUUAGGGGUUUGGUUGCUGAGAACCCGUCAAUUUGUUGAAGCGACAAAUAAGUUGGAUAGCCUGAAUGACUGCCAAAGCUGGUUAAUACAAAAACUGCGAACAGAGCUCCUAGUCGUGGAAAACUGUGAUUUUCUAUUCCGAUACGUGAUCGACUUUUGGAACGAGAGUGGAGCUGCUCUUACCAACUCGCUCAACGACUUGUUGACGAAAUUGAUUCAGCUUGCGAAAGAAGUUCAGAGCGCCGCAUUAUGGAAAGACUUGCUCGACUCGUGGGUCUCGCAAGCAUUGCAAAUUCCGUCAACAAUGCGUGUUCAAUACUAUUUGCUCCAUGUUCUUGCACCCGAAGCGGACUUGGCGCAUGUUUUGGAUAAAAGGCCUGAUUUUAUCGAACACUCCCUAAGCCUCAUGUGGACUGAAUCCCUAGCCACGCCUAUAGGAAAAUGCAUCGCAAGUCUCUUAAUCAACGUGUUUGAACAUCAUUAUGGUAACACUUCUGAUUUCAGCGCUUGGUUUACCUUGUGGGAAGGUCCAACAAUGCGCUUUUUCCAUAAUCCCAGAAUGAGCGAGCGUAUCGAGAUUUGCAUUCUCAUUCCUAUAUUUAAAGUACUUGACGGCACGAUCUUUGAACAGUUCUUAAACCGUAACUUCCAAUCCAAUUCUCCUGAUAUGAUUCCUAUUCUCAAGAUAGGUCAAGAGUUAGGAAUUGAGGAAGAACCGUUUCAUGAAGACAGGCUUGUAACUGUGCGAUUCCUCGAACAGCUUCUACGGCAAGAUGAUUACAAACUGCCAGUGUUUGAACUCCUGACUUUCUCUACUAAAAAGUCGAAGACUAUACCGCCGUACAUAUAUGAUGUUAUAAGGCAAAAUAUCCUUGUAUUUUUUGUCGACGUUGAGGUGAAAUCCAGAAACGCAUUCCACAGUUCUCUAAAGCACUUUAUUGACAGAAUAAGAGAUUCCGCCUAUUCCCUUAACAGAGACUAUCUCAAGCUCUGCUCUAAGAACAAAUUUCCACAGGAACAGGCUCAAAAAUUAGUUAUGAUAGACGAAGCAUUCAGCUUCAUUAAGUGGCUCGUGUUCUUUCUGAAGUCACAGUUGGCACCUGGCUCUCAGUAUCAGCGACAAAUUUUGGCUACCAAAAUCUUGAAGACCUUAGUUUCAUCCAGCUUAGAUCCCACAAUAAUAUCACGGCACUUGGACCCCAGGCUAAGAAUGGCAUUCCCUUUCCAAGUUUGCCUUUCUCAGGAUGAAACUCUUAAAAGAUUACUUAUUGAUGACCUUUCCGAUAACUACAAUGAUGUUCGAGAUAAUUGUCUUCAACUAUUAACGAUAUUUGCUCAGUCAAGCUCCGUUGAAGACAAACUUGCCAGCCCCCAGAAUGACAUUUUAUUCGAAAAGUGUUUGGCAUUCUUGGAUUCAUAUAAAGGGUCUGAGCAGGGUGCUAAAAUUGCAGAGUACCUUUUCACUAUAUCAAAUGACAAACAUUUCUUUAUCAGGAGACUCGUACUAAAACUUGCAGACAAGAUUGAGUGCUCGAGUCAGAAUUUUACAGCCGGUCUCAAAAACCCAGUGAAUGGUUAUUUUUUAGCCUUAAGUCUCUUACUUCGCAGACGUGAAUUAGCCCAUGAAGAGAAGGAAAGCGAAAAGAUUCUCGACACAUGCAUAAGUCUUAUUAUCAAGAACUGGGAAAAUGUAGAGUUUAUUUUAUGCGAUGACCCGUUCGAGAAACCAGCAGAUGGGAUUCAGGUUAGCUGUGAAGUUUCUGAUCCUCAGGUUCUCAGCUACGCUUUUCGAUCCAUAAAAGAGUCUGCUGAGAUGUUGCGAAUGCUGAUGAGUAUGCCAGAACUAUCUGAAACUCAGCUUUAUGCCUGUGGAAAUCUCAUGUUGAAGCAGCUGCUCACAAUUCGGCACAGCGGAGCUUUUCAAUCGCUCAUUCCCAGCUUCGCAGCAUGUUGUCAACGCUGUAAUCGUGAAUAUCCGUCACAAUUGAGGACUUGGCUAGAUAAUAUAUUGGUUGCUCUUGAAACUAAAACGCAGUUCAUCACACGUCGUUCUGGUGGCAUUCCCCACAUCAUCUGUAGCAUAGUUGGCUCUGAGAACUCGGACAAUAGACCUCUAUUGAAGCUCACGUUUGAGCGAUUGAUGAAAAUUGCACGUCUGCAAAUAUCUGAGCACGAAGAAACAGUUGACUUACCACAGGUAAAUGCCUUCAAUUGUAUCAAGGCUCUCUUUGUGGAGUCUCCGUUGUCAGAUGCAUGCGCUCCUUAUGUUUAUCCUUCAUUGGUCCUAUGUCUUCAAUCUUUUGGCUCACCACUCUGGUCAUUAAGAAAUUGUUCGUUUAUGUUAUUCUCUGCUCUACAAAACAGGUUGUUUGGAAAAGCUGGAAAAAACAUUAGUGCGCGACUGUUUUUUGCCCGUUACGAUGGAGUCAGAGGUAUUUUACGCGAGCAGUUCGAAGAAUCGAUCACUACGACCAUGUCUUUCUAUAAAUCAGGAAGCGAGAAAUAUGAUUCAAGCUCAGAAGUACGCCCCCAAAAUGAGUCUAUUUUCUUAGUUUUGACCGUUUUGUCGAGAUUGAAACAAACUCCUGGCUUUGAUGGACUUGAAGAUUUCAAAAACUUGGUCAUAACAUGUUUGGAGUCACAGAACUGGAUGGUGCGGCAACUGGCGGCUCGAACUCUACCAACACUAGUAGGAGACAUUCCAGCGCAACUUUUUGAGCUCUUGAGAGAGCUCAAUUCUUUGUGUCUUGGUAAAAACAAAGCACACGGAUACAUUUUGGCAAUUACAAACUUGGUAAAAAGCACUGAGCAAGAGCCUUCUCAUUCCAUUGCUGAGAAGUUCGUACCGUUGGUUAUGCAGGGAAUUCCGGGCUUCAUCCUAGAAAACUCUUGUUUAGUUACAGCCAAUGCUUAUGUGAAGUUACUGGAGGCUACACUUUCUCGAUUAUCUUUUAAGUCUAAUGAAAGAAAUUUCGCCGUUGCAAAGCUGGCAAAUGUCUUUGUGAACUUGAACGACGUAUACUCAACAGAUGGGACGAAGCAACUGUUUUUACGAUCUCUGCUGCUAGUUCUUCUAAAGAUCGAGCAUUCGGACAAUCUACCUGAUAUAUUGGCACUCGCUUUAUUGUCACCUUUUUUCAAAGUUCAAAUAGCUGCAGCAGAAUACAUAUCUCAAAAUGCCAAAUGCGGCCUUUUUGGGAGCAGUGUCAUUGUAGAGGCACUUCUGCAAAUGCUGUUCGAUGAGGACUUGUGGGACUACGUAAGACUGCCAGUUUUGAGAGCAUUAAUAGCGUUACAAGUGGAAAUAAGUCCCAAACACUUGAUGAAGAUGGUAUCAAAUACUCACAAUGACGAAUUGCGCGCAAUCGCGCUCGAAUACGUUGGUCUCUUCUUGGAACGCAUAGAUAAUGACUACGACGAAUACGUGAGACUUUUUUCGUGCGAUGAAUCGCCUUUCGAAGUGAGAAAAUCUGCCCUAAUCUCCUUGAUUCACGCGACAAAGCGUAUUCCCAAUCUCAAAAUGAUAUUUCUGAUCCGCAGGUUUUUGUAUGAUGACGACCUCGAACUGCGAGCCAUGUCUUCCGCGCAUAUAAAUCAGUUUGUGCUCAGAUUGAGUUCAGUCGAGGCUAUGACAGGAUUUUCAGUAACUGCGCGAAUGUAUGUGGAAAAGAUGAAGAAUAAUGCGGAAGCCCGCAGUAUUGCCUUCGAGACCCUAAAGCAGGAGCUAGAAUUGUUGGAGUUUCAGCCGCAUGGAAAAGCUAGAGUAGACGAGCUGUUUGAGGUUGAGCUAGAAAACCAGUUCAGAAACACCGUUGAAGAACUUUUAAACGACGUUGCAAUACUGGCAGUUGAGACGGAUAAAAGAGAGGAAAUUCAGUCUUAUGUAUCAUCAACCAUCGCUACUUUAACAUCUCAAAUGAGGACCGCACAGGUGCACGAUUCUCCUGCCGGGUGGGGCUCCAACUGUAGGCUUUUUGCUCAACUAGUCGUUCUCCGCAAGUUGGCACAAGACUUCGAUGUUACGGGGAGAGAAGAGUUCGAUGAAACUCUUAAUAUGCUCAAUUGCCACCCGUUAAUUUUUGAACUUACCAGCGGUCCAUAUUAA